AUGGCGUGUCCCCUGGAGCAGGCACUGGCUGUGAUGGUCACCACCUUCCACAAGUACUCGGGGAAGGAGGGGGACAAGUUCAAGCUCAGCAAGGCCGAGCUCAAGGACCUGCUGAACAAGGAGCUGCCCAUCUUCGGGAGCAAACAAAUGGAUGAGGCGGAAUUCAAGCGGCUGGUGAACGACCUGGACCACAACAAGGACAGCGAGGUGGAUUUCAAGGAGUACGUGUGUUUCCUGGCCUGCAUCACCAUGGGCUUCAACGACUUCUUCAAGGAUGACCCCAGCAAGCAGCACCGCAGGAAGUGA